CCGGGCGGAGCGGCGCGAGCGGGGCCCAGAUGAACGCGUGUAGCACAGGUAACGGUGAGGGCGUACUGUGGGUUACAGACACGCCACGGACGGUCCGCCGAGUUACCGGCACAGCGCGGUGUCCCUGCGUAUGAGGCUGACCUCAGGCCUGGGAAACGGCGGUUACUGCACUGACCGCUUCGUUGUAGCAUCUUCGUGGAUCUCCAGCUGGCUGCCCUCCUGGUGUCCAUCUUCACCAACCCACCUCAAAACCGCAGAGGACCGCAUUCUCCACCCUCUCAAACUCCAGUUCUCCAGGGGUCACGUGCCCAUUUCCAACGGAAACUACAUCUGGACUCUGGCCUUCAACGAGAACCCCCUGUCCGCUCAAGCCUGCAGCAACGAGGGCCUCCAGGUUCCUCUGGUGCUGCUGCAUGGUUUUGGGGGAGGGCUGGGCUUGUGGGUGAAGAACCUGACCGCCCUGGCGCAGACCGGACGUCCCGUGUAUGCGCUGGACCUGCUGGGCUUCGGCCGCAGCAGCCGCCCAGUGGCAUGCGUCCAGGCCCAGGAAGCCGAGGAGCAGUUCGUCCAGUCUCUGGAGGAGUGGAGGGAGGUGCUGGGGCUGGAGGCCAUGAUCAUGUUAGGCCAUAAUCUGGGGGGGUACGUGUCGGCGGCCUACGCUCUCAAAUACCCUGACAGGGUGCAGCAGCUGGUUCUGGUGGAGCCGUGGGGUUUCACAGAGCGGCCUGAUGAGGAGGACCUCCAGUGCAGAAUCCCCCUGUGGAUUAAAGCUCUGGGCUCGGCUAUGAAUCCAUUCAACCCCCUGGCUCUGCUUAGGCUGGCCGGUCCGCUGGGUCCGUUGCUCCUGCAGGCCCUCAGGUCAGACUUUAAGCAGAAAUACUCCUCUGUGUUUAAGGACGACACAGUGCCUGAUUACCUUUACCAUCUAAACGUUCAGACACCGAGCAGUGGUGAGACUGCCUUUAAGAACAUGACGAUCCCAUACGGCUGGGCUCAGCGGCCCAUGAUGCAGCGCAUGGAGAUGAUCGACCCUUCAAUCCGCAUCUCUGUCAUCUGUGGGUCCCGCUCCUGCAUCGACGGCCAAUCAGGACAAGCCAUUCAGGAGAUGAGGUCCAACUCGCAGACUGACCUUGUAGUCAUCACAGGAGCCGGACACUAUGUGUUUGCAGACCAGUCAGAGGACUUCAACCGGGCCGUGCUGAAGAUAUGCAGCAACGCCAGGGAUGGAGAGAAAGCAGAGCAGGACAGGAAGGAGUAGAGUGUGGGGAAAGAGUGAAUGGGAUCCGCUGCAGAGCUGAGAGAGCAAAUAAAGCAGCAUUAUCAGUCUGUCCGAUUUUAGGCUGAUCUGAAUUUGAAAUCCAUGUUCUCAGUAAUAUAAAUCAAACCUGUUGCAGACACAGUGGGUCUUCAGAGCAGCAGUGUAAAUAUUUCUAUUUCUGUUCUUUUAUAACUUCAUACAGAGCUCAGUAACUAACUAUAUCAGCGUAGCAUGAACAGUGGAAUAUUAACAAUUUUAACAUGAAUUCCAGAACUUCUUGCGUUGGGUGGCGUCUCCCUCUUUUGGUUGCACUUAAGCUGCAUGAACUCUGCAGGUUUGUGUAAAAGUCUGUAGUCAGCAGAUCAAAUCCUCCUGAGAGUGACUUGAACACGAGGUUCACUGGAAUGAAGAAGAGUCUGACCUUUGAGUAUUUUAAAGACUUUAAAGGUGAAGUGUGUGAGAUCUAAGGGGUCUGUUAUCUGUUGUUAUGUAUUAAACUAAACCAUGUUCUAACCCUAAUCAGUCGUCGUGCUCUCCUAAUCUUAGACUGACCCUUCAUAUCCACAUAGGGAGCAGCUCCUGUUCAACAAAGACCACCAUGUUGCGUCGCCAGGAAACCUGACGGCCGCCGUAGGUUCUACUACACAGUUAGAAAGGGAGGGGUGAGGGAGGGAGAGCCACUAAAUCUUACACACCGCACCUUUAAUCUGGUCACUGAUGUACUUAAAGUUGAACAGGGCAGCAUCGUCAGUGGUUCCUCUUCUCAUGAUAGAAGUGAUUCCCUGGUGGAUUUAAUCUGCUCACAUAAGUUAAUCAUCUUGCGAGCAUGAUGUCGUUACAGCAAAGAGUGAUUUUCAGUGUGAUGGUAAUACUAUGCAACUUUAUAAAUUGCUGUAUUGAGAAAAAUGAUAAUAAACAUUAAUAUCCAGAGUGCCUCAUAUACACAACACAGUAACAAAACUGCUGUAUUAAAGCCGUGGAGCACUCGAGGAGGGAGUUAUCACCAAUUACGUCACGGCUGUGGUGACCUACGGCCACCAGAUCACAGCCGGGAUGGUAUUUCAGGAUAACGCACCCCCUCUCGGGUUCUGCUGCUUAGGUGUGUUGCAGGGUGUAGUAUAGUGUAGAAUAAUGUGGUGUAGUAAAGCGUAGUGUAGUACUGUAUAGCAGGGGUAUCCAUACUGUUGUUGCAUGAGAUCUACUUUUUCCAGUGGACAGAUCAUUGUGAAGUAUAGUAUAAUAUAGGAUAGUGUACUGUACAGUAUAGUGUAGUAUAGUGCAAUAUAGCAUAGUGUGUAGUGUACUAUAUUGUGGUAUAGUGCAAUAUAUGUAUAGUAUAGAUUAGUAUAGUAUAGUAUAGUAUAGUGUACUCUAGUAUAGUGCAGUAUGUGCUUUCUGCAGAAACCCGUUCCUCUGCUACUUGAACAAAAACUAUAUUGAAUAAUAUAGAGAAACGUAAUUAUGAUCUCCGUAGCAUAUUUUUCAUGAUUGAUAUGCCAAGUGAUUGUUAUAAGAUCCUAAGUUAUGAGAUAGUAAGUCGGGAUUAUGAGAUUAUAAAGCAUAGCAAUAUUGACAUCUGUCUAUAUA